UUCAAAAGCGCACAAUUAGUAUAUAGAAUCAGCCAAAGCGCGGUUGGCCAUCACCGAGUUUCUGCUUUUGCAAAAAUUUUAUGCCUAAUUUCUUGAAAUAUGUUUGGUUUGUGCAAAAAUUCGGAAGGCGUCUUCAAAUUUGAGUUUCGGCGACAAUUGCUGGCUUCAGUGUGCAUUACGAUCAUCACUUUCAGUCAUGGCUUCGGCUUGGGUUGGUUUUCGGUGAUACUGUCGAAAUUGCAAUCGCCCGCAGAGACUGAAUUGGACUUCGUUAUAACUGUAAGUGAGGGUUCAUGGAUUGGCGGACUCUCAUCGGUAGGCGGUGGGGUCGGUAAUAUCAUCUAUGGCGUAUUGUUAGAUUUGAUCGGACGUAAAGCUAGCAACUAUUGUCUAGCCGUGCCGUAUAUAGUUUCUUGGAUACUCGUAUAUUUUGCACGCUCCGUGGAAUAUCUAUAUUUAAGCCGGUUUCUAGCCGGCGUCACAGGCGGUGGCACUUAUGUCAUCAUACCAAUAUUUAUUGGCGAAAUUGCUGAACCAAAAAUUCGUGGCCGCUUAACCUCACUUUUCUCUCUAACGUUAAAUAGCGGCAUAUUUUGUGGUUAUAUAAUAACAGCACGCGUGCCAUACCAUUACAUACCGAUAUUGGGCAUAUUACUGCCCGUAAUUUAUAUGGUACUUCAAACCUUCUUCCCGGAAACACCAAUGUACUUGCUGCAGCGUGGUCAAGAUGAACGCGCUAAAAAGUCACUGAAGUUCUAUCGCAACUAUCAGCCGACAACAAAAGAGAGCGCCACACAAUUUGAAAUGGCGUUUGAAAAGCUGAAGAGCGAUGUAACCAGCCACCAGGCAAGCACGAUUGGCGUGACGUGGCAUGAUUUCUGUAAUAAACGCGCAAUGAUUGCCUUCGGUAAUGGCUUCGUGCUCAUGUGGCUGAACGUCUUCUGUGGCGCCUAUGCCAUACUUUACUACACUUCGAGUAUAUUUGUAGCCGCGCGCACCGAACUGCAUCCGGACACCAAUACCAUCAUUGUGGGCUUGGUGCAAGUCACUGGCGUGUACACUGCUACCAUUUUGGUGGAUAGAUUCGGCCGUCGUCCGUUGUUGAUAUUCUCUUGUGCGGUCACUAGUGUGGGUAUGACGUUAUUCGGUCUGUAUGGUUAUCUCUUGCAAAACACCGUGGUCGAUUUAUCGCCUGUGAGCGCAUGGUUGCCACUGUUAAAUGUUUGCUUCAUUAUGUUCGGGGCCAAUUCGGGUCUGAUACCAAUUCCAUUCGUUUUGUUGGUGGAGUUAAUGCCACCGAAGAUACGCGCCAAAGCGGCCGCCAUUUGCUUGGUCAUCUUCAACAUCAUUGGCUUUAUUCUAAUGAAAAUGUUCCCGAUUUCUUUGGCUGCUUUUGGUCUCUACUUGCCGAUGUGGUUCUUUGCUCUGACAAGUGUUCUGGGUUUGGUUUAUAUUGUAGUCUUCAUUAAGGAGACCAAAGGCAUGUCGCUCAAUAAAAUUGACCCGGAAACAUAAGUUUUACACAAGUAUAAGUACAAAGUGGGUUUAUUAGAUAUUAAGGGAUGUUAUGAAUAACGGGGGCUGAUGUUUGAUAUAAGCUUUUAAAUAAACAACCCAAAAUUCGUUUUUGGUUUAUUGAUUUAA